AUGGCCCCGCGACACAGCGUGACUACAGAAUGCCAGAGGUCACCGCCAAAGAGCGAGUUGCCUGUCUGGGAUGCGGUGGCCGUCUACGUCCAGGAGCAGCUCCUGCUACGCAAGGGGGUCCGAAUUCCCACCUUCGGUUCCUUCAGCAUCGUCUCCGAACGGAUUGAGGCUGAGGAUGGAGCCAUGACUCUGCAGUGGCCUGCGUUUUGCCUGGCCAGGAACCUUGCGGGCAUCCACAACCUGAUGGAGAGCUACCCACCAGGCCAUAAGGAGGUGCAGCCCCUCAAGUACACUGAGGUGGCCGCGGCCGCAUCUGUGACCUGGCAGACUGGGAAGGCCUGCAUAUUUGGCACCACGUCCCUCGUUUCCCACUGCCUGAGGAAGGGGGAGAACAUUGCCUUUGUCCUGAAGGACAUAGGAGUGCUCCUCAUCGAGGGAACGAGAGUUCAGAUGAAGUUCUACUACGACUUCCUCGAGAGGAUCAGCGGGAAAGAGAACCUAGAGAAAGUUGUUUUCAAGGUGCCCCGGCUGCGGGACAUGGUGGUGUCCCGGGUGGCAGCUGUAGCCUCCCUGACGUCCUGUGGCCGAGUCAUCGUCUUUCCCAGGUUUCGACGGGAGUUUGUACCCAAACCACCACCCAGGACAGCCCGCAAGGCCUGCCAUGUCCCAUUGCCACCUCUUGACCAGGGCAAGAAAGAGGAACUUCCUGAAUUGCCACCCCUCCCCAGCUGGAUCCGCGUUACCUUUGUAGUGAAAAAACAGCCUGAGAAGGAAACAAGCGAUGUCAAGAAGGCGGCCAGUCAGCUGCCAGCGGUCCCGGGGGCGUCUUCUGCCAAAAAGCAGCCUCAGAAAAAAAAGAAGGGAAAAUGCUCUACCAAAAGCAAGGCGGCAGAGAUGGCUCCAGCAGAGGCAGCGCAACCUCCAAGUGGCAAAGAAGAAGAACACGGCGCGGUGAAAGCCCCCGCUGGAGGAGGAGUGCCGCAAAAGGCACAGGCCAAGCUCAGAAAGCACCGUGGAGCCCCAGCCCUGCAACAAACACCACUGGCAGCCCUAUGGUCCUCGAGCUCUGAGACCAGCCUGCCCGAGGAGCGCACCUACAGCGCCUCUGCUGCGGUGCCACUGAUGCACAGGAGGACCAGAUCUCUGCAGAGUCAGCCACCAAAGACCAAAGCGGGGCUCCCCAGGCGGGGGAUGUCCUGUCCACGCUGACCAGGGCAUGGGGUGCCCAGGAGAAGCAGAGCUCCACCUGAGGCUGCCAAACAGGUGUGCGAUUCCUCUCUGUGCCAUUCCUGGGGGCCUGUCUGCACCCUUCUUUGGUUUUGGCUCCAAGUUUGCUUUCGGAGGCACUUCUUGCCAUAAGACUCUGACUUGGCUAGGAGAUGACAGGUGGGUGUGGCAAUCAGCAUCACUUGGUGGACAAUUUUACAUUUGAAAGCAUUUCUUUGCAGCUCUUUGCCUUUGGAAAAGAGUGCUGAGGAGUGUUUACUUGAGGAAGGUGUGGGCUGUGACCAAAAACUCCAGCUUGGUAUAGGAGAACUGAGGGAACAACGCCAUCGUAUCCUGCGAAAAACAGGAUGCAGGUGGGCACCUCCCUGCUCCCUCCUAUCUGCUGGCAAGGCGCGGGAGAUGGGGACAAAGGAGUUUCUGCUGAGAUCCCAAAGCCACAAGCCGCCACUCCAAAGAGAGCUGACCGUUGUCGUCAACUGAACAACGACCCCUGAUGACCCAUCACUACUGUAGAUCGACGUCUGAGCUACGAACCACGCUGGACCUGUGGUGGUGACUGUCUCUCUCUUGCUUCCUACAAAGACGGCUUGCUUUUAUUUGCUAUAUUUUCUAUCGCCCGUCUUCCCUUCCCCAUCUCCCUAAACAACUUGGGUUUGUAAUAAAGCGGACGGGCUAACAUUUAACCCGUGGUGUCUUAAGCUCUCUGUCAGGUGUACAUAGAAUAAAAGAACCUCCUCUCGCUCUGAUAAUGGGAGCGAGACAGUGCCGUCUCUUUGAAGAAAAGCAGAGGUAGAGGGACAAUGGAGACUCUUCCUUCCAAGACCCCUUGGCUCUGACAGACAAGGUGGCUACACUCCUUGGAGCCUUGGGAUCUCGAGCUCCUCAUUUUCCAGUGUCACGCUCUCUUCUGGUGGCACGCAGAGCACACCAAAGCCCACGAAUAGGCAGCGUUUGAAAGGCAUAGCUAUGCGUGAGGCCCAAGAGUUUCCUUCCAACUCGCUGCUCCUUUAGAUCCCUGGUGGGAAGAGAAGGGCUUUCUGGGAGGCGCUGGCAUAGCUUAGGAGCAAAACACUGCAGCUGGGCAACUAGUAGGGAAGGGAGAAAGAGAGGCAGAGAGAUGGCUGCCCCCCCUUGGCCGGAGAGCCGUGUGUGGGAAAGGCUGUGUCACAGCCACGGAUCCUGGCUCAGGGCUGCAACACGUGCCUCUUCUGAGCACUGCUGUCGUGAGCAUUGUUCCAAGAACAACGUGGGGUUACCAGGAACAUUUCAGAAGCAAGGAGGAGAAGGCCAGAGGCCUGGAAACACGACCUGUGGAGGAGCUGCCCUGAGCAACCGAGCGCUGAACAUCUAGCACUGAACACUCACUCGUCAAGAGCAGCUGCUUCGGACCGGCCUGGCCAGAACCGCAGCAAGCGAUCUCAAGGCACGAGAGAAAAGACCUCCAAGAUCAUCCAGCCCAACCAUCCACCUACCACCACUAUUUCCCACUGCACCAUGUCCCUCAGUAGCACAUCUAAACAUUUCCUGAACAUGUCCAGGAACUGCUGACUGCGGUCUCUCCCUGGGCAGCCCAUCGCAGUGAGAAGAAAUUUUUCCUAACGUCCAGCCUGAAACACCUCUUGUUGCUUUCAAGGUUCUUUCAUUUCUUCACAAAGUUGGUGACAAUCAUCGUCUGGGAGGAUGUGAACCUAAGGAGGUCCAAUAAGGUCAAGUGCAGCGUGUUGCGCCUGGGUUGGGGCAAUCCCAGAUACACGUAUAGACUGGGAGAAGAACUCCUUGCGAGCAGCCCUGCUGAGAAGGACUUGGGAGUCCUGGUGGACCAAAAACUUUGCCUGAGCCAGCAGUGAGCACCUGCAGCCCGUUCUGGGUUGCAUGAAAUGAGGGGUGUCCAGCAGGGCGAGGGAAAUAACUGUCCCUCUCUACUCUGCCCUUGCAAGGCCCCAUUCAGUCUGGAGAAGAGAAGGUUCUGGGGACACCUGAUAGUGGCCUCCCAGUAAUUAAAGGCCGCUGACAAUUAAGUAAUUGUAAUUAACUUACAAGCAGGAGGGAAAUCAGCUAUUUCCAUGGGUAGAUCACAACAGAACAAAGGGGAAGAGUUUUGAGCAAUGGGAGUGGAGAUUUAGCUUAGCUAUCAGAGAGAAAGUUUCCACUGAGAGGGUGUUGAGGUGCUGCAACAGGCUGCCCAGAGAGGCUGUGGAUGCCCCAUCCCUGGAGGUGUUGAAGGCCAGGUUGGAUGGGGCCCUGGGCAGCCUGGUCUAGCUCCUUGAUCUGAGCGGUUGGCAACCCUCUCCACAGGCAGGGGAAACUGGAACUCGAUGAUCUUUGAGGUCCCUUCCAACCCAGGCCAGUCCUAUGAUCACACGAUUCUGAUUCUAAGGUUGUGUGUCUCCUGCUGUUGGGAUGCUAACAAACAGAACUGAUAGGUCCAGUGUACAAACUGGAAAGUUUUCCAGAGCAUGCAGCACAGCAGGCGCCAAGUAAGAAGCAUGGCCGUAUCCUGUCUUUCCUGCUGGUACAGGUCAUGGUCUUCAGGAUGUCAACUGGCAGGAAGCUGUUCUAGGACAGCAAUCAUAGGAAAAAACAGGUUGGAAAAGGAAGUGAUGAAGAGAAUGUUCACAGAUGUUCAGAGGAUUUUUGCUGUAUACAAAGGCUCCUCCAAAAGCAAGGCCUCCUACUUAUUCCCAGGGAAACUACAACAAAGAGCAAAACAACAACACUAUUUGAUAGAGCAAAUUCUCAGCUACCAAACGCUGUUUCUCAGCACGGUCACCGCCUCUAGCUUUGCAUUUUCACCCGCUCGUAAAAAUCUGCACCAGCGGGGGUGACCCACUGUCACUGUCACUACUGAUGGAACGCACCACUCACUGCCUCCCUGUGCUCACAUCCGCUGUUUGAUCUCCACCAAUGUUCAGCAAGGGUCGGUGAAUGUCACCGGGUGCCCUGUAUUCCUUUGACUUCUGCGGUGUGCAGGUUUGAUUGGGCAGGACCAGCUCGAUCGGCAGAUCCCCGAGCAUUGACUGGCCAUGGUGGCUUUUGCUACGUGUGCAUCCCAACGCCUGAAUGUCUCAGCACCCAUUGCUCUCGGUGCAGUUGUUAGCAGGCCAUUGUAUUGCUAGAUUUUCACAGAGGCUGUGCAUGAGAGGCGAUGUGAUAUACCCACUUCGAUGCCGCUGCUCUUUGACCCAGGUGGUGAGGAGAUUGUUUUGGAAAUGAGUCCCGUUGUCUGACUCAGUUCUUUCUGGGGUGCCGUGUUGCCACAGGACUUGCUUUGCAAGGUCCAAGAUAGUAUUUCAAGCAGUGACAUUGGGCAGGGAUAUGUUUCCAGCCAAGCAGUGGUUGUUUCCAUCACUGGAGUUUGUGGGAGUUGGUGGGAGCUGGUAGGAGUUGGUGGGAGUGUGAUACAGUCCACCUGCCAGGCCUCCCUAUACUUACAGUCCAACCAGAAAGGUCAGCACCGGCCCCAGGACCCAAAAAUACAGGCAUAGCCUGAGAGGCCAACACCAGCCAAGGGGCCUAAAGCCACAAGAAGAGAGGUCAGCACCGACCCCAGGGCCUAAAGCCACAGGCCGAGGUGCCUAAACCAACCCUUGGGCCUGAAGCCACAAGAAGAGAGGUCAGCACCGACCCCAGGGCCUAAAGCCACAGGCCGAGGUGCCUAAACCAACCCUUGGGCCUGAAGCCACAGGCAGGCGGGCCUGCCCUGGCACCACGGCCUAAAGGCUCAUCCCCAGCCGGAGAGGCCGGCACCAGCUCUGGGCCUAAGGCCACAGCCAGAGCCAGACAGGCCGGCGCUACCCUACGGGCUUAAAGGCAGAGUCACGGCCCGAGAGGCCGGCACCAGCUCCAGGGACGAAAGCCACAGACACAUCCAGUGAGUCCAGCACCAGCCCUGGGGCCUAAAGCCUAUGCCACAUAGGGCGGCUCCGGCUCCGGGGCCUUAAGGCACAGCUCGACAUACUGGCACUGGCCAUGGGGGCUACAGGACAGCCCAAAGGGCCAGCACCUGCCCUGGGGCCUGAAGCCACUGCCAGAGAGGCCAGCACCAGCCCCAUGGCAUGAAGCCCCUCUCAUCAAGGCCAACAUUGGCCCUGGGGCCUGAAGUCACAGCCCAAAAGGCUGAAAGCAGUCCUAGAAUCAUAUCGAAGGAUCAUAGGAUGGCCUGGGUUGAAAAGGACCACAAUGAUCAUCCAGUUUCAACCCCCUGCUGUGGGCAGGGUUGCCAACCGCAAGACCAGCUGCCCAGAGCCACAUCCAGCCUUGUGGAGAGCCUGUACACAGAGUGGCUACGUGACAAGGGCCACAAUGGAAUGCCACUCGUGAAACAAUAAAAGAAAGUAUGUAACUAGAGGCAAGGACGGCUACUCGGGUAGAUGGAAAACAGGAUGCAUAUCUACAGCAAUGAAGAAACAGUAACCGCAAGGCUAACCACAAAGGUCAAGAUGAAGUAAUGCAUAAUCCGCCAAUCCUGAGCUAUGCUUUUGCAAUAUGUAUAAGCUCAUUACCUACUGUAUAAAUACAAUACCAAUGUGCCUAAUAAAUGAGACCUGUUGAUCAUGA